AUGACGUCGAUGAGCGAUUGGGACGGAAUUCGCAACGAAUUAAGCGAGAUUGGAGGUAAGGGUCUAGUAUAAUAUAAUUUAUUUUUUAGAUCUCGAUGAAACACGAGCAUUUCGACCUGGUGUUCUUCGCGAAUGGUUUAGUGUUCUAUUGAACUGCACGGACAAUAAAAUCAGGAAGAAAAUCGAAAAAGCUUUAGGAAAUUUGACAAAAAGUAAGUUUUUAGGUAAUAUUUUAAAAUUUCGAUGUUUAGGGUACGAAACAGUGGAGGUUGUUGUUCAAAUCAUUCAAUCUGAUAGCGAUGUCAAUAUUCGAUGUUUUGGUGCGACAUACUUGGCCAAUAAUUGCGGAGAUUUCGUCGAUAUUAUAAUUGAAUCUCCAGGUUCUCAAGAGAAAGUAGGAGAUUUUUCUUAUUCAUAUACUUUUUGAUUUUAGUUGAACAUGUUGAAGGAGAUCCUCUCUUUUUGCUUGAAAAACGACGAGAUGCCGUCAAACAUUCGAGCCGUUUUGUUGAAAGGUUUCGGAUUCUUCAUGUUCAAGGUGAUCCCAGAUAUUUGGCCUGAUGCCGUCGAUCAACUAAUUCAUUCUCAAACCAACCCUCAAUAUGUUGUAGAGUAGGUUUUUCUUUUUCAAUUGCAUUUUUUGGUGUUUAGAGUUCUCUCGGAUUUGUGUAAUAAUGUCGCCAAUCAACCUCAGCCACAUUCGGCAAGGAGAAGGAGGAAUGAAUAUUUAUUAUCGGCUCAGAAUGUUGUGAUGUAUCUAUAUCAAGUCAUUGAGAAUUCAAGUGCAACACAGAUCUUCGAGAAGGCUUCUGAAUUGAUUAAGAACUUCUGGUCGUUGAGCGGAGCCGUCCCCGAAACGUUAUUCCCCUUGGUCACCAAGAUGUUCGAAAGCGGAAAAUUUACAUUUCAGUAUGUUUUUAUUAUGUAAUAGAGCUAUGCGAGAAAGAAUAGGUCUUAUUUUACGUUUUUAUAGAGAAAAACCUUUGACUUUUUUCCAAAUUUUCACAUUAAUACCUACUACAAUAUAAAACUUUUGUUUUUAGAACCGUUACGAAUCUCACAGCCGGAAUUCGAGUGUUCCCACCUAAAUUAUUCCCCACAUAUUUGUCCUCGUACGUCCAAUGCCUCAUAAAAUACGUGAAUGGCCCGUUAUUAGACGCCAUUCGACGAUCAAUUAGAAUGGUAACACACGACGAAAUGGUUGAUCAUGACCAUCAAAUGGUCGAAUUGACAGCCGAAUUAUGUGACUUCUACGGUUAUCUUCUUAGCAGUUUGGCUACCCUUGCAUUUUGCCGACGAACAGAUGGAGAAAUUUUUCCGAUGCUUGACGACAUCUUGCAGUAAGUAUAAUUUUUAUUUUUGUUGAUGUUUAGAGCGAUUUUCAACUUUGUGGUGGAGCUGAGCAAAGUCCCAGGCAAGCCAGGACAUGAGGACCCCUUCUCCGAGAUGAAUGGAAUGUUUUUCAAUCGACUUUAUGAGGCUCUCUUCGAUGUCAUGUACAAUAUUGGCCCAGAAAAGAUGAAAUCACUGGGACAGGCGUUGGAGCCGGCAUUAGAACCAACGUUUGAGAAAAGCCGAACGGGUCCAAUAGAUUUUGAAGAGCAGUUGGAGUCGAUCGAGAGGUUCAGAGAAUCAAAUCAAGAGCUGAUAUUGUUGUUGGACCUGUUGAGUGACCAUGAAAUAAUUCCUAUCAUGAUAUCCGCGCUGAAUUCGAUGAUCGACAGCAAGGAGACGGAUGAUAACACUAAAGUUGCAUCGUAAGUUGACCUUCUCGAGAAAAUUUAUAUUACACUAGACAUUAAUUGGAUUAAAAUAGAAAUUUUUGGAUGUUUUCAGGAUAUCUGUCUUUUAUUAUUACCUCAAUGUGAUUGACGACAUCCCACCAGCCCAUUUUCUUCCACAUUCGGCAGUAUUAGAGACCACACUCAACACCAUUUGCAUAUCGGAUGUGUCAGAUAAGCAGAAAGAGGAAUGUGUUUAUCAGUUUCUGACCUUUGUCAGUGGAUUGGUUGGCAAGGAUGGGUCUUAUGCGACACUUGUUGGUCAAGUUUUCGAUUUGGUUGUCCCAUUUUUAUUCGGAUUUUGUCAAUAUCCCAAGGCUUUGGAGGCAUCGCUGACUUUGGUUCAUACUUAUUCGAGGUAUUGCACGUUGAAUGAGGUAAGUGGUUGAUUCAGAUCUUUUAAUCGCGUGUUUUUAUUAUUAGCAUUUUCAUAAAGUGCCUGGACUUGUUUUCGCUUUCGCACAGUGCAUCUUGAACUUUUGUCGCCAACGCACUGUGCAUUUUCGCCUUUGCGCACCGUGCAAACCUCAAAAAAGCCGAUUGCACUGUGCACAUUUUCGAUCGAAAUCGCAGCGGCGCAGUUGAGAAAAGCUUACGUCGCAGCGAUAUUUCAAAUGCACAGUGCAAAACCAAAAAAAGGUGAGUGCACGGUGCAAGAACUCGCGAAUUUUUGUGCACGGUGCGGACCGCGACAAAUGUCCAGGCACUUUGUGAAUUUGCGAUUUCUUGCACUGUGCGUUGAUCUUUUUUUUUGGUUUUGCACUGUGCGUGUUUGAAAUAUCGCUGCGACGUGAGCUUUUUUCAACUGCGUCGCUGCGAUUUUGAUCAAAAAUGUGCACAGUGCAAUCGGCUUUUUUGAGGUUUGCACGGUGCGGAAAUGCAAAAAUGCACAGUGCGUUGGCGAAAAAAGUUCAAGAUGCACUGUGCGAAAGAAAAAAAAUGUCCAGACAAUUUUCUGAAAAUGCUAAAAGAAGUUUCCAUUUUUUUGACAAAUUUUAAGAAUUAUCUUAAUUUUUCGGUUUAAUUUGGCUUUUUUUUGAAAAAAAAUCUUAAAAUAAUGUUGUUUUUGGUAUGAAAAUAGAAUUUUUUGAGUCGAAUACGGCGUAAAAAUAUCGUCAAUAGUCUAAAAUGUAUAUUGCAGGAUACAUUGAAUGUCAGAUUGACAAAAAUUUUAAGUUUUUUUUCAAAAUUCUGUCGAAAAUUUUUCUUUUUUCAGAAAACGAUCAGCGAACUCUGCGGAUUCCUCGUCGGCUACUCAACCAAUGAAGUCCCAGCCAUCCAGAAACUCGUCAUGACCUCGCUGAUCAAUUUCCUCAGCUGUGAGCCCUCGGAUGACGAAGAAGUUCCCUUCCCGAUCGCCUGUUUUAUCCUCGAAUUUGUCGAAAAACGGUGUGAAAAUUGUCUCUCCAUCGUAUCUCAAGCUGGAACCCCUCCAAGCUCACUUGCCUUAAGGGUAUUCAAAGAGCAAAGUCAAAUCAUAGGAUAUAUUGGGCAAAAUUCUAAUAAAAGUAAGAAGUUUGUGUUAAUUUAGGUGGGUUUUUAUUAUUUUAGAAGCCUUGGAAGUUGUUUCCCCAUUGGUCUCGAUACUUUGCGAUUAUUUGGUGAGAUUGCUGGAUUACAGAAUCCCCGAGGCCGAUUUGGUCACGGUAAGUUGAUGUGCUGGAUGCUAAAUUGUUUUAGUUUUCGAACCCAGUCUGUUUGAUGGUCAAUGAGAAUGUAAUUCGGAAAUUAUCCCAUGUUCAAGUGGACUACGCAUGGAAUUAUCCCGAUAUUUUUGUGAGAAUAUACAAGGAAGGUCUGUCGGUAAGGAUUUCGGAAGAUUUUGGAAUACAAAUUAUAUUACACUUGAUAUUAAAGACAAAAAAUUUGGUUAAAAUUUUUUAUAUUUUGUGUUUUUUUUAGCUAAAUGAAGAGUUCGUGAUCCAAGAAUUGAUCCCCAUGAUAUCGAAUCUCACCGCAUCUGUCUUCUCGACAUCUGGGAAUAAUCAACGAGUCGAUAAUGCGGACUUGUCCACGUUGGAAUUGGUGUGCUACUUCCUAAGAAAGAAGGAAAGGAUAUUUCUGAAAUUUGUGGCCACCAGGACAACAAUAGAACCGACAAAAGACUUUCUGACGGCAUGCGUUGGAAUAGCGUUGAAGUCGAUUACUUACAGCUACAGCGAUGAGGGAAUCACAAAAGGCCUGAGGGCAAUUGAAUCAAUAAUCGGAGUGAAGGAUCCAGAGAUCAUCAAAGCAGUCCAACCCACUUUUCCGUUGAUUAUCCCGCCGAUUUUGGACUUGGUCUUCAGUUUGUUCUUCCAUUGCGGCCAAGUUGCAAUCUCGCAGAUUCUCGUUUUCCUGGCCCAGAAAAACCCGGAGGUGUUUAGGUAAGAAAAUAGAGAUUUUUUGAGGUAUCUUGGAUGAGUUUGAAGAGAAAAUUGUCCAUUUUGAAACGAUUUUUAUAUUGUUUUAGUCGAUGCAUUUGCCAACACAAGGAAUUAAUCCACAAUGACGAGCGCGCACUAAUUUUGGGCACUCCCAACCGAUCACUAUUCCUGAAAUACUUUCUCAGAUGGAACAAUGAAUGGGCGAGACGAAAGGAAAAUUCUUAA